AUGAGCCUGCAGGAAUCAGACACAGCCUGGAUGUUCAACGUCACCGAAGACAGGGCGACGAGCAUAUAUAACAAAUACCUGAGUGCAGAGGACUCUGAUCUGCAGGAAGUGGAGCACGAGCCGGAAAUAUCAGCCAAGGCCACCAAGGCAUUGGAGGAGGAUCGAGAGUCAGAAAUCGUUGCACUUUUGUGCGAUCGGAAAGCUCAAAUCCGACCCCUGUCUGACCGUCUGAGACCAGCUUUCAGCCGCAUCAAGCGCGACCGCGGUGGGAUGCGUCCAAAGCUGCUCGGUCCGAUAUAUGUGUGA